GAUGAAUGCGACGCGGCGCUUGACCUCAGCAAACCGAGCAUGCUUUCUUUCCAAGCAUAAUGAGCUGCGGCUGGCUGCUAAAAUUUGUUCUUGUUCUGGCCGCUGUAUGCGGUCUAUCGUGUAGUGCAUCUAGGCUGCAGUGUAGACAUACAUCUGAGCCCGACUGCUGGCUGCCGGAGUAUGUAGAGUGGCACCGCACCCAUCGCGGGCGCCCGGACGCCAAGUACCUGGUCUGGGUUUGCUACCGCGAUGAUGGUCUAGGGGGGCCAGAUGCGCCAUCACGGAACGUGUAUGCUGACUGCGCUGGCCUGGGAGACCGGCUGCGCGGCAUCCACUACCUGACCAGGAUUGCAUAUGCCGUGAAGCGGGUGCUGCUGGUGUGGCAGGAGUCGCCGGUGCUGCUGGAGCACUUCCUGGAGCCGACCCACAUCGACUGGCGGCUCACGCCGGAGCUGGGCAUUGACCUGGCCCGCGAGGUGGCGCAGUCGGCGCGGCACUACGUGGUCGGCGUGGAGACGGGCAACCAGCUGAGGGAGGAGGUGCUGCAGGGCACCUUCCAGCAGCUGCCGGACCGCGUGGUCACUGUGUCCACCAACUGGCUGGCGGAGGACCCCGUGGGCGGCCCCGUGCCGGACCUCAGCCAGCACACGCCGCUCAUGGGGCAGCUGGCGAGGGCGCUGUUCAGGCUGUCGUCAGCGGUGGAGGCGGCCACGGACGCCGCGCUAGCCAGUGUGGGCGUCAAGCCAGGCCAGCCCUUCGUGGCGGCGCACCUGCGGCUGGGGGGCCAGAUAGGCGAGGAGUUUGCCAUCGAGCGCUUUUCUCUGGGCCAGCCGCACGAGGUGCUGCAGCUGGCCUUCCAGUGCGCGGCGGGCCUGGUGGACGCGGACAAGCGGCGCCUGCGCCAGGCGGCCGCGGCUGCGGCGGUGCUGGCGCCCACGCAGGCGGCGGCGGCACUGGCGGCUGUGACCGAGUCGGAGUCGCACAUGCCGCACGUGCUGCUCACGGACAAUGACGAGCUGCGGCGGCGAGUGAGCGCGGGGGAGCUGCCGCCCUGGGUCAGCCCCGAGCUGCACCCCGUGCACAUACGGCUGCGGCGCAUACCCGGGUUGCACAACACAUCCGCAUCUUCAUCUGCACCUGCAUCUUCAUCCGCGGCUGCGCUCUCGCCAGAUGGCGCAUCGCCCCCGCCCGCUGCCCUGAGCCCGGCUGAGCUGGCCGCGCUGGUGCAGGCGCACGUGGCGUCCCUGGCGGACUUUGGCAUCCUGGUGCGCGCCCGCUGUGUGGUGCUGAGUCCCAGCGGCUUCAGCAUGCAGGCGCAGCUGCUAGGCAACCAGGCGUGUGCGGCCACGAUAGGGCGGGACGACCGGAGCGGCGUGGAGCCGUGUCCUGGCACUGUGCGGGACUGGAGGUGGUGGUGGGGGCAGUGGUGGUGCCGCCUGGUGGGGGGCUGUGGCAAGCAGGCGGGCAGCGGGCGGCGGCGCAAUCUAGCAGCUGUCAAGGCAGGAAAGUGAUGGGGGCAACGGAAGCGGCGGUCACGGAGGUACAGGUGUGCGUGUGGGGUGGGUCAAGAUGUCAUGGCGUGGGGCGAAGUGGGCCAGUUCACGGAAUGGAAAGCCAUGAUCCACCAUGGCUAAUCGAAUUCAGAUGUCAUCAUACUGUUGCGAUUCCCUCUGCCUGUGCUCCAUUUGCCCGGGGGCUCGGAGCACAGCUCGACGGCCGUGCGGGGCACGGAACGUGGGCACUGCAACAUGGGCAGUACGGCGUGCACACAUGCAAUGGACGGGAAAGGCGUGAGGCUUGGCAGUGAGACACCACCAAUCCUGCGUACCUGCCUACUAGCACGUUCCUGAGAGCAGCGCAACCUAGUACAAUGGCUUUUGCAACAAGCUUCCCAUGGCUGCAUUGCCAGGUGCAAAGUUGACAUUUACAAAAGCAAAAUGGAGUU